GUAGCUAGUAGCAGCUACCAAAGCGAUGAUUAUUAUGAAACUUGUCUUGCAGUUGCAGCUAUUCACAAGUGGUGUUCCAAAAUUCCACCAAUUCUCCUCAGUUCCCGACCUCAAGCAUCUCCUCAACAACGCCGCAAAGUUGAAGAGCCUUAAACACGCGACCCAAAUCCACUCCCAACUCGUAACAACCAAUAAUCACGCGUCCCUCGCCAACAUCAACACCCUCCUCCUCUUGUAUGCAAAAUGCGGCUCCAUCCACCACACGCUCCUCUUGUUCAACACAUACCCUCACCCCUCAACCAACGUCGUCACGUGGACCACACUCAUAAACCAACUCUCCCGUUCCAACAAACCCUUCCAAGCCUUGACAUUUUUCAACCGCAUGAGAACCACUGGCAUAUACCCAAACCACUUCACCUUCUCAGCGAUCUUACCCGCGUGCGCGCACGCAGCGCUCCUUUCAGAGGGCCAACAAAUCCACGCAUUGAUACACAAACACUGCUUCCUAAAUGACCCUUUUGUUGCCACCGCGUUGUUAGACAUGUACGCUAAGUGUGGCUCCAUGUUGUUGGCGGAGAACGUGUUCGACGAAAUGCCCCAUAGAAACCUCGUUUCAUGGAACUCCAUGAUUGUCGGGUUUGUUAAGAACAAGUUGUACGGUCGUGCCAUUGGGGUUUUCAGGGAGGUUCUUUCACUUGGCCCCGACCAAGUUAGUAUCUCGAGCGUAUUGAGUGCUUGUGCUGGAUUGGUUGAGUUAGAUUUUGGGAAACAAGUCCAUGGGAGCAUUGUUAAGCGUGGUUUGGUGGGGUUGGUUUAUGUCAAGAACUCGCUGGUGGACAUGUAUUGCAAAUGCGGGCUGUUUGAGGAUGCAACCAAGUUGUUCUGUGGUGGUGGAGAUAGAGAUGUUGUAACGUGGAAUGUAAUGAUCAUGGGAUGCUUUCAUUGCCAAAAUUUUGAACAAGCUUGCACCUAUUUCCAAGCUAUGAUAAGGGAAGGCGUAGAACCCGACGAGGCUUCAUACUCUUCUCUUUUUCAUGCUUCUGCAAGUAUUGCAGCAUUAACACAGGGGACCAUGAUCCAUAGUCAUGUUUUAAAAACCGGGCAUGUGAAAAACUCUCGUAUUUCAAGUUCGUUGGUGACUAUGUAUGGGAAAUGUGGAAGCAUGUUAGACGCUUAUCAAGUUUUUCGAGAAACUAAGGAACAUAAUGUGGUUUGUUGGACGGCUAUGAUAACAGUUUUCCAUCAACAUGGUUGCGCAAAUGAGGCGAUUAAAUUGUUUGAGGAGAUGCUCAAUGAAGGGGUUGUGCCGGAAUACAUUACUUUUGUUUCCGUGUUGUCGGCUUGCAGCCAUACGGGGAAGAUUGAUGAUGGUUUUAAGUACUUCAAUUCCAUGGCUAAUGUUCAUAACAUUAAACCCGGGCUUGAGCAUUAUGCUUGCAUGGUUGACUUGCUUGGUCGUGUUGGUCGAUUGGAGGAAGCAUGUAGGUUCAUUGAAUCCAUGCCAUUCGAGCCUGACUCGUUGGUUUGGGGGGCUUUGCUUGGGGCAUGUGGAAAACAUGCCAAUGUUGAAAUGGGAAGAGAGGUCGCAGAGAGACUUUUCAAGUUGGAACCGGAUAAUCCAGGAAACUAUAUGCUGCUUUCGAAUAUCUAUAUAAGACACGGGAUGUUGGAAGAAGCUGAUGAGGUGAGAAGAUUGAUGGGGAUCAAUGGGGUGAGGAAAGAGAGUGGGUGUAGCUGGAUUGAUGUUAAGAACAGGACCUUUGUUUUCAAUGCGAAUGAUAGGUCACAUUCAAGGACACAAGAGAUUUAUGGAAUGCUGCAAAAGUUGAAGGAGUUGAUAAAGAGAAGAGGGUAUGUGGCUGAGACCCAGUUUGCAACUAACAGUGUGGAAGGCUCUGAAGAGCAGAGUUUGUGGUGUCACAGUGAGAAAUUGGCUCUUGCAUUUGGUCUUCUGGUCCUCCCACCUGGGUCUCCGGUUAGGAUAAAGAAGAAUUUGAGGACCUGUGGUGAUUGCCAUACUGUUAUGAAGUUUGCUUCUGAGAUUUUUCAGAGAGAAAUUAUUGUUAGAGAUAUCAAUAGGUUUCAUCGAUUCACAAAUGGAUCGUGCUCUUGUAUGGAUUAUUGGUGAUUGAAUUUGAAACACAUCUAACAAAUGAACAUGACUGCCUAAUUUGGAGGCAGUCACUAAGCUCCCCUUUUCACUGAUGUCAAGAAUAA